UUUUCCCUCACAGACGCCUGUUGGAGGCAAAGUGCUUGUUCGAACAGAAGGGGGAGGGGCGCGCGGCCGCCUCUUUUCCCCGCCUUUUCUCCUCCCUUCUCACAACGGCGAAGGCGCAAGGCCCUGUACGUAAUACGUCCCAAAACUGCCACCGGAGCGCGCACGCUAGGUUACGAACCAUAGCAACAAACCGAACUUAACGGGGAGGUAAACAGAAGGCGGCAAGCCCCGCCCCCGAACUGCGAAGCUCCGCCCGGCAAACUGGCAGCGGGAGGCGGCGGCGGCGGCUCCGUCUGGUCUCGCGCGCACGGGCGCGCGAGCUCCGCUUUGGACGGGUCGAGGAGGAGGAGGCGGGUUGCCUGGCAUUGCCUCUGGAAGUAUUAAAAAAAAUUAAUUGCCUUGCAUUGGGACUAGACACAAUGGCCACUAGCUCAGUCCAGUGAAAGGACAUCACUAUGGGUGGUGGAGGCAAAGGCAAAGGGAAGGGGAAAGGGAAAGGGAAGAAAGGAAAAGGGAAGAAAGGAAAGAAGGGCCCCGUCGAGGUGGACAUCAUGAGCCCGGCGGCCAUGCUGAACCUCUACUACAUCGCCCACAAUGCUGCUGCCUGCUUGGAGUUCCGCGGCUUCCCGUGGCCAGGCUCUCCGAAAAAGAAAGGAAAGAAGCGGAAAUAGGGAAGAAACAGUGGGAAAAGGCAGCCCCAGUGUUCGCGAUGAGACCCGGAGCCCCUUCACAGGGGAAGGAGACUUUUGCGGGGACCACACGAACCCAAGCAGAAUUCACUCAGGUUUCUUUCUUUGCCAUAGUCACUGUUGCAGGUGGACUGAAGCAGCUCUCUCUUCCAACAGCAAGAAGGAAGUAAACGCUGCUUUGAGAUGCCUACUGCAGCACCGCAGUCUGUUCUUCAUUGUUGCAGGAAGUAACUCGCAGAACCUUCCGUGGCUCCUCCUGGUCAUGUCUGAUGGGGGGUGGGCUUUGCGCUAGGGACCGCCACCAUUUCCAGGACCUCUGCAGCGCAAGCGUGAAAUUUGGUUGCUCAAAGCAACUGCAGCUGCGAUGCAAGGAUCUUCCAGGACCCGGGACGUUUCAGGCUCAAUACUCCACACACUAGUCAAGGCUGGCCUAAGCAUAAAGGCAGGCUAAGCAUUUGCCUGGGGAUGCACAGUUCGGGCUGGCUGUGUGUGGGGGGGGCAUCCUGUAAGCAGUGCAGAAGUCCAGCCUCUCUGCGUUGAGCAUGGCCAACUUCCAGAAUGUGCCCCAUAAUCCUCUUGUGACAGCCCAGGGGAUUCUGGGGCAGGGCGUCAUUUCCACGCAGGAUCCCGGUUAGCUGCAAGGGUAUAGAUGUAGCAUCUUUUAUGACUCUAAGAAUCCCAGACUUAGGUGCUGCACCAGAUAGUGCGACAUUCUGUGUGCUUUGCUUGGUGAAGGGAAGUUGUUAAGACACCCGGGAACUGUGUGACGGAGUAGUCGAGGAUUAGAUCUGUCGGAAAGCAAAUUUACACAUAGGAGCAGGAAGAAACGGGCAAUGAUUUCUGUAGGGAGGGCUGUGAAGUAGAAUGUGCGCUGGCUCAGGUGGCAUCCUGACAGGCUCAGGUGCAGUUUGCUCAGGUGCAACCCAUAUAUAUAUAUGGGUUGGUAUUGCUGCCUAAACAGGUCCAGACCUGAAAGCUCAUCUGCAGCAAAGAAGGAUUUGCCACCUGCCUGAGUGUCGGGGUGCUGGGAGAAAUGUGCCAUGUAGGCAGACGAGGUGAGGGGGAAGGAAUGGUGCUAAUCUGGAAAUGUAACGAUGCUGGCAGGCAUGUCCAAGUACUUCCAGAGGCUCACACAGGCUCGCCAUAGCAGAGGCGUUGCCUUCCCUUACACUAGUAUGGCUUUGUAGACCUGGCUGAUGGGGCCCCAGGGCAACAACUAUCCUUACAGCUGUGCUGUACUGAUAAAACUUGGCUCAAGACAAGACAAGGAAGCUGGGGGUUGAUAGAGAGGCAAGGCGUGGGCUAGCCUUCUAUCUUUCUCCCUUACUGCAAGGAUGUACACUGUUGGUUUGGAAGUGGGGUGGCUUACAGUGGACAUUAAGCAGGUGUGUAUUCACCAUUUUAUCUACUCUUUCAACCACUCCUUACUCUCCAUAGUGGCUGUGCUGUGUAGCUUCCGGGAAGUUCAGGUUGCCUGCUGAUGCUGGUCAGCUAGUCUUGAACUAACGUACUGCGGACAGCUAAAUAUGUGUGUGGGUGUGCACAUUCAAAUGGUGCUAUUUGAUAUUCCAGUCCAAAAUGUUUCCUUUGUGAAGGAGACAUACUGUUUAAAGCUGUCCAGCCAGAAACCUACAGACGAACCAAUUUCUUUUGUUAAAUUGUUACCAAGGAAUAAGCAAAAUAUAACGUACAAAUGUUUUCCAGUCCAGGCACAGAUGCGACUUCCUUGUGAGCACACACAGGCUGGGCUUCCCACAAUCCAUUGUGCAAUUACAUGCCCAUAUCCCAUUAAACUCUGGAGUCUGUGCUGGCUUGUGGCCAUUAUGUUUCACCUUCUUCCCUUUAACAUCCCAGCUCUGUCCCAUGUUUACAUGUAAAGACACCGCCCAUAUAGUUAAGCGUCUCCAGGUUUGUAUCAUCUUUUCCUAGUGUACUUUGAAUUCCUCCACAAUAAGUUCAGAAUUUUUUUUUAAAUGUCUCAUUUUUGUUUGUGAUUCAGGAUUACGCAGCAAGUUUUUGGUCUUUUACACUUUUAGUCUUUUUAGCAUGUUUACUGCUACCCUCCAUUUUCUGCUGCAUAUCCCAGGUUGCUACUUACACGUCAACAGCUUGAGCGAGGACAGAGGAAAUACCUGGAAAUGCAAAGUUCUGAUAGGAAAAUGAGAAAAUGCCUGGGUUUUGUUUUUGCUGUUUCUCAAAAGAAACAUGGGCAAGCAAAAGGAAGGUUAACAAAAGCAACUGCUGUCCCAAGACACUUGAUGAGUUGAGAAGAUGGGGAGAGCCAUUGGAUCAGGACCAAAGAGAAACUGAUUCUGGAAGGUCAAGCACAGGUCUGGAGGGGAAUGUCUUCCACUGUCAAUUAUAUGACAGAUUCGUGGAAGCGGCCACUGGCUUGUCAGACCAACAGCUACUUUAAAUGUGUCAGGCAUGCCUAAAGUUCUUUCCUUUUUUCCAUAGAUUUCGACUUCAGAAGUGUUAGGUUGUGGGCACACCAUACAUUUAAAGGGCAUGGCUUCCUCCAUACAAGCCUGGGAACUGCAGUUUAGCCUUCGCAAAACUGUAAUUCCCAACCCCCUUGACGAACUACAUUUCCCAGGAUUCUUUGGCAGGUGUGUGUGUGUCACGUGCUUCAAAUGUGUGAUGUGUACACAGCCUGAGGCUAAGUGCUUCCUAUCACUGUGCUCAGCUCUGGCUCCUGUUUCCCUCCAUCCAGUGCAGGCUGCCUUCUCAGGUCACCCAUUCAAAGCUGAAAGUGAGGCAGGAUCUGGUUAAAGAGCUGCUUGGCCUUCCCAUUCCAUCAAAGUAUCAGCCCUUGUCCACAACUAAUUCCCCUGCUGCGGGGAAUUAGCCUGUUUGAGUUUGGGAUUAAGGGAAAGCAGGUGGCUCUGGUGCCAAUACAUUUGUUUACUUUUCUUUUGUUUAUAGGCUUCCUCCACCUGACUGCUCCUGCAAAUCCUAUAAGGAUUUCCCCCUAAUGUCCUCCUGCUGUUUACAUGGCUUUUUAUAAAGCAGCAAAAAAUAAAAUAAAAAUGGAUCACAUGGUCACGGGCUGCAAUUUGCAAGCCAUUUAUUCUGGAGUUGUUGCAAAGCAGUGAGAGUGUUUUGGUUUGAGGUUCCUUCUGGAGUGUGCAGUGCAACUGUUCUCAACCACUUCAGAACUAUGAUCUUUUUUGCAAGGUGGUGGAGGUAAAUACCCCAAUAGGAAAGUUGAUGGGAUUGUUAUUUGUUGUUAACUUGUUCAGUUUCCAAAUCUAAGAUACGAUUCUUACUUGUGGGCCUAUUUGAAGGCAAUGAAACAACCCAAAGUGUCCCUUCUACCUUGACAUUAUUCUCCUGCUUUGUUCAUCCAGCGGGACCACCCUCUUGAUAGGUUUCCAAACAACCUGCCUGUUAGUUUUGAGCAACAUUUCCCUUACGUUCCUGGCACUUUGCAUAUGGCGAAAUUAGGCUUGCCGCCGCUUUUCUUGGCUCUGCUCCUGUGCCUUCAGCAGCACUGGCAAAUUUAGCUAGUAGCGUGGCCAGGUCAGGAGCUUGCUUUGUGAUAAACGUUUCCCUGACUAAAUCUCUGCCCAUCAUAGUGGCUGUUAAAAGAUGUAGGAGCAGAGAGUUGGUGGGUAUAAUAGUUAGCAAACCUAAUUGUUGCAAGCUUCCAGGGGUGUCAGUAAAAAAGCCAUUUUGGUAUAUAAGCAUUACAUGCAUAAUAAAAUAGCAAGGUAGCAACGUCAUGGGAGUCUCUCCAACUUCCUGCUGGAAGCUAGCUUCUCAAUUCCUGGUGAUGUCAGUGUAUCCUCUGAGGGAAACUUGUCCAUUGAGUGUCUGCAAACCUGCAUGAGGCUAUCCAAAUCCCUCUGCCUUGUAUCUCCAUGACCUUUAACGUUGCUGAAAUCUAUUGCACGAUAGAAAGGAUUAACCAGGAUCCACUGGAAUUAUAUUCCUACCAACACAACAGGCUGCCAUCACCCUGCAAAACUACUGUUCCAGCAUACCUGGUUUAUUAAACAAACCUGCAUUAAUGAGUCUCCCUGCACACGUGAUGCUAGCAGAGGAAGGAAUUUAAUUUUAGAGGAUUUAAAAAUUCGGUACGAGCCCCGCACGAAAUUAAAUUCCUACAACUCGAGGGUUGCUACCUGCAACAUCAGCAGAAACGGAAUCUCAUGUCUGAAGCAAGGGAGCACCAUCUCCUGGGUCCGUUGCCAGCUUCUCCCCUGCCCUGCUGUAUGGCGCAUCUGAAGUCUUGCAAUACCAGUGGAGCACUAAUGGCACUGCUGAAGAAAUACCAAGAAGAAAUACUCCACUUUACCUGGAUCCCUUUCCCCCCCCCCAAGGGCAUAUCUAAGCUAGCCCAAUUUCAAAGGCUGGGAGUGCUGUUUUAGGACAAAAGGGAUGGCAUAAACGUAGCUUCCUACGUCCUUGUCUUUCCUGUGCUCCACCAUCGUUGCCAAGGCACCACGAAUAAAAGC